AUGUCUGAAACAACCAUUGCCUUUCGCUGCAAGGACUUUGUUCUGGUAGCGGCCGCCGGCCUCAAUGCGUUUUAUUACAUCAAGAUCACGGACCAUGAAGACAAAGUGACACAACUGGACUCCCACAAAGUUGUGGCGUGUGCGGGAGAGAAUGGGCCGCGGGUGAACUUUGUGGAGUACAUUAAGUGCAACAUGGCGCUGAAGCGGAUGCGGGAACACGGACGCACCAUCACGACCGCCGCCGUGGCGUCAUUUAUGCGAAAUGCCCUCGCGCAGUCGCUGCGCAGUCGCGAUGGGGCGUGUCUUGUGAACAGUCUUCUCGCCGGCUACGACGUGCCCCCCCAGGCGGGCCACGAGAACGAGUACGACAGCGAGAUCGCGGCGGAGGGCGAGGGCGGCUUCGGCGUGGGGCCGCGGCUGUAUUAUCUCGACUACCUCGGCACCCUGCAGGAGGUGCCGUACGGCUGCCACGGCUACGGCGCCUCAUUCGUCACCGCCGCCCUCGACCGCCACUGGCGCCCCGACAUGACCGCGCAGGAGGGCGCAGAUCUCAUGCAGCGCUGCUGCGACGAAGUGCGGCGUCGUGUUGUGAUCAGCAAUGACACCUUUAUUUGCAAAGCCGUCACGGCAAACGGUGUCGAACUGGUGCCGAGCAUUCACUAA